ACCAUUUAAACCGUUUAUGUGUAACUGUACGAAGACACUCGGUCAAGAUUCCUUUGCAUCUCUCGACUUUCUCUUGUGACAGUUUCAAUCCAAUUUUACUCGAUAAUUAAUCGGACAUUUUCUAUCUCGAUUGUACAGGUCAUUUCUCGUCAGUAAAACAAUGUCUAGCUAGCGCCGAGCUAACAGUUUAUCCUCUCAGCUUGAAACGCUAGCUAAUACCACCAGCAUCGACCCCCGGAGCCUCUCUGCAACAUUUCCCACCACUGGCAACCAGCAAUGCAGAAGACAUGACGAUAAAGCAGACGGCCUCGUCCACCUGUCAGUGAACGUGUCUGACAUUUAUCUCCUCUGUGUUGAUCAUUCAUCCUGACGAAAUGAAUUUCUUGCGUAACCGUCUUGUUGUUCUGGGCCUGGUGUUGUUGGCCACGUUACUGCUGUACCUGCUGCUGCCAUCAAUUCGCCAGGGCAGCAUGGAGCCGUCCCUGGAAGCUCAAAGAAUGGGGCUGAUGGCCACCCCUCCUCCUCCGCUUCCAACCAUCAAUGUGUCCAUUCGCACCGGACAGCUACCCGGGGACCCUCCGCUGUUCUUCAGAGAAGCUUUACCCAUUGAUGGAGCUGGACGACAGAUAUUGCCAAGGCUGCAAGUGGUCCUUCUGCAUGGCCAGGCCUUCACAUCCAAAACCUGGGAAGAGCUCGGUACGAUGGCCUUGCUCGCAACUAACGGAUAUCAGGCCUUAGCGAUGGACCUUCCAGGGUAUGGAAAGUCACCAGACUCUGAGGCUCUGAAGACCGAUCAGAAUCGAGUGGACCUCCUUUCAAGGUUCAUGGAGUCUUUGGGCGUCAGGGCGGCUGUGCUCUUGAGCCCCUCCAUGAGUGGACAUUACUCUAUCCCCUUCCUCAUGAAGAACAGUGAUCAGCUACAUGGCUUCAUUCCCAUAGCACCAGUUGGUACCCGAAGUUACACUCCACAGCAGUACCAAAACAUUGAGACUCCCACUCUAAUUGUGUUUGGAGCCCUGGACACAAACCUGGGUGCCCAGUCCCACAAGAACCUCAUGCAACUUCCACAUCACUUUGUGCUCAAGCUAGAAGGAGCUCGUCACGCCUGCUACAUGGACAAACCCAGAGAAUUUCACCAAGGGUUGAUCGAAUUCCUCAGCAAACUGAAGUGAGGAAGAGGAGGUAGAAAGAUGGAGAGAGUCUAAGGAACACUAGUCUAGCUCUAAGGUUUUAAAAUCUGAUAUUAUCAUCGCCUGAAGCGAAGAACAGUGGCAUGGGAGUAGGUUUUAAUACAUGGAAAAUGGCAUGUACAACCCUGUAGUGACACCUAACAACAAUAUUUCAGAUGUUUCCAUUAUAAAAAUAUUCAUUUUUUAAUUUACCAUCGUGUCAAAUUCUAGUUCAGCUCAGCUCGUUGUAAAAAUAGCUUCAGGUUUGUAUAGUGGUGAGUUUUUGUUUCAUGUGUUUCAUGUCUCUCUCUGCAUGUAAAAACAUGGAAUGUGUUUGCUUCACUCUGUUACCAUUUUUGUAGGUGACACGUAGGUUGCUGUAAAUAUGCAAAUGUUGCGGGUGCUUGUGUUUGAAUCGCUUCUACUAGCUUCACAUUUGACAGAUUUGUAUAUUAAGAUCUGGUAACCAUUUGAGCUUCCAGGAACACACAUGCUCAACAAAAGCAGAAUUGAUAUACAGUGUAAAAUACAAAAAAAUAGAAUAUGGACCAUACAAAAUGAAAAAAUAGCUUAUGUUUAUUUAUAUAAUGCUGAUAAAGUUAUAUGUAAUAUAUUUGCAAUAAGUUUGGACAAUCAUGCAAAAUACAAACUUAAAAUAAGAGAUGUGCAUAGCUUAAAAUAAAAACAAAAAACUGUG